AUGGAAGGACAAAUUAAUAUAUUAAAAGACCUUCAACAAGUAAUUCAAAAAGCCUUUACUAAUUUUAAAAAGUGUCCAAAGGAUAGACUUACAGUAGAAUAUAUACAAACAAGGCUUGAAUUAUUAGAAAAUGAUUGGUCUUCGUUUAAAAAUACUAAAUCUCAACUUUAUGGUCGGUUUAAGUUAGAAGACAUAGGUCAAAAGGUUGUCGAUAUAUAUGACACAACCGAAGAUACUUACAUAUCAUGUAAAUGUUUAAUGAAAUCAACGUUAAAUAGUGUAAGAGAACCGCUACCACAAGACAGUGGAUGUAGUAAUAAUUCUUCUAAGCAAUCUAAUUCAUUUGUAAAGUUGCCCAAGAUAACAAUUCCUACCUUUUCUGGCAAGUACAGUGAAUGGACAUCUUUUCACGAUCUUUUUAUUUCACUUGUACACAAUAAUGCAUCUUUAGAUAAUGUGCAAAAACUGCACUAUCUUAAAAGCCACCUCACUGGUGAAGCCGAACAGUUGAUUAGGCACACACCAAUCACAGAUGCCAAUUACCGCGAAUGUUGGUCUCAGUUAGAAAAGCGUUACGCAAAUAAAAAGUAUUUAACCAGUUGUAUUUUAAAAAGAAUGUUCGGCCAGAAACGCUUACAUGUGGAAUCGGCUAACUCAUUAAAGGAGCUGCUAGAUACCACGAGCGACUGUUUAAAUGCAUUGAAAAAUUUGAAAAUCGAUGUAAGUACAUGGGACGUUAUUGUUAUCCAUAUAGUGACGUUCAAAUUAGAUAAUGAAACACGAAAGCAGUGGGAGUUAAGUGUUUCUAAUGACUCCAGCAACGAGUUGCCCACCUUUGAGCAGUUUCGGAUAUUUAUUGAAAGUCGUUUUCGCGCUUUAGAAUGUAUAGAGCCGAGGAAGGAUGUGGCUCACCAGAUCAAUAAUAGUUCUCACGUUCUUAGUUCGAAAGCAAUGUUGGCCACAAAGUCGUCGAAUAUUCGUUGCGAAUUUUGCUCAGAACUUCACAAGCUCUGUUUUUGUAAGCAAUUUGCAAAACAGUCCAUAGAAAACAGACGAGAGUUCGUAGCAAAAAAUAAAAUAUGUUUUAAUUGUUUAGGCGGAAAUCAUACAGUUUAUGACUGUAAAAAGCAGAAUGUCUGUAGAGUUUGCAAAAAGCGCCACCAUUCCUUGCUGCACCCUAAUAGAGAACCUAACGCUGAGAAUAAAGGCCAAGAUUCUACAGUAAAGUCCACUAUCGACAACGCCAGUUCUUCAAAUAGUGACAAUCAGAUAGUUACAUGCUUAUCUACGGGCAAAGUCUUAAAACCCAGACAGGUUUUAUUAGCCACUGCAUUAAUAAAGGCAGAGUCCAAGAUAGGUGAAUUUCAAACAAUUCGAGCCCUACUUGAUCAAGGAUCACAAGCAUGUUUUAUAACAGAGGCCACUGUCCAAUUUCUUAGGCUUAAGAAAAUUCCAGUCCGAGGUCACGUUUCAGGUUUAGGAGAUAAUAAGUCAACCAUUGCUAAUUAUAUGGUAAAUUUAAUAAUUAAAUCCACUGUUGAUCUUGAUUUUCAACUUCAAAUAAAUGCUUACGUCUUGAGUAAGAUUACAUCAUACUUACCUGAGAGAAGUGUGAAUACCAGUUCAUUGGAUUGGAUUGAUAUCAACGGUCUUUGUUUGGCAGAUCCUUAUUUCAAAACACCUAAUAAAAUAGACAUUCUUUUGGGUGCAGAUGCUUACUGUUGCAUUAUGAAGGAAGGUGUAGUAAAGAGUCCGUCUGGUACUCUAAUAGCGCAGAACACCACCUUAGGGUGGAUCCUUUCCGGUGUAGUCAGUUCAAGCAAUGAGAGUUCAAAACACCACACAAGAAAUUUAAGUGUGCACUGUACACAGUUCAAUGAAGACAAUAUUCUAAAGAAAUUCUGGGAGAUAGAAGAACAAGUUAGUACAAGGAAAUUACUUAACCCAGAAGAGCAAAAAUGUGAAGAAUUUUAUAUGAAAACUACUAAGAGGGAUGAUACAGGCAGAUACAUUGUACGUUUACCAUUUCGAGACGAAGAUCCUGCAUGCAAGGCCGGAAGUUCCCGUGACAUAGCUGAAACAAGAUUCAAAUCGUUAGAAAAAAGAUUAAAUAAGGACACAUAUUUAAAGGAAAAAUAUACAGAGGUAAUUAAUGAAUACUUACAAUUAGGACACAUGAGACCUGUAAAGGAAGAGGAUAAUAAGAAAGAUGAAGCAGUUUACUUACCACACCACGCGGUGAUUAGAAACGAUAAGACCACCACGAAGGUACGUGUAGUUUUCAACGCCUCUGAGAAAAAUAAAAAAGGAGUUUCACUCAAUGACACUUUAAUGGUUGGACCAACGCUGCAAGCAGACUUAAGACACACCAUUCUUAGAUGGAGAGUACACGCUAUUGGUAUUGUGGCGGAUAUAAUCAAAAUGUACCGCCAAGUCAGAAUAGCGGAUGAAGAUGCUGUCUUCCAGAGGAUACUUUGGCGAGAAAGCCCUGAAAAGCCACUUAGGGAUUGUGAGUUGGUAACGGUGACCUUUGGAACAGCUUCUGCACCAUAUCAGGCAGUUAGGUCACUCCAUCAGGUUGCGUACGACGAAGGAGAUAAGUACCUGCUUGCAGCAGAUAGAGUUUUAAACUCUUUUUAUAUGGACGAUUUAAUGAUGGGAAGUAAUAGCGUCGAAGAGGGCGUUGAAAUCUGUAAACAGAUGGUAGCAUUAUUAGGAAAGGGAGGAUUCGCAUUGCAGAAGUGGAACAGUAACAAUCGGCAACUAUUAGAUAGAAUAAGUUCAAUAUAUACAAAUGAAGUAGUACAGCAAACAGGUCAAAUAAAAAUUAAAAAUGAGAACACUGAAAAUAAGGACAAAGAGGACAUAGGAGUUAAGGAAAAGGAAAUAGAUAAUAAGGAAAUAGAAAUUAAGCUAGAUAGUACAAUAAAAAUUUUGGGACUUACCUGGAACCGCCACGAAGAUGGCUUUCAGUACUCGGUAAAUCUUCCACCGCUGACGACAGCACCUGUAACAAAAAGACUAAUAAUAUCAGAUAUAGCUCGUUUGUUCGACCCAUUGGGAUGGUAA